AUGCUUCCGGACAAGCAGCAUGGUUUUGAAGGAGAAGGGUUCUCAUACUUGAAGAGCCCGAUCUGGUGGGGGGGGCGUGGUGACAUGUAUGAAUCCCGCGUCGAUACACCAGUGGCCAUUGGAGAAGUCGCCAACUUCGCCGCGUAUGCAUUUGCGCCCGCGAUUCUCGUUACGCCUCUUGGCGCACUCAGUGUGUUGAUCGGUGCGGUUCUUGGUUCAUAUUUCUUGAAUGAGCGGUUGGGAACACUGGGUAAACUGGGCUGUGCGAUGUGCCUCCUCGGCUCGGUCGUUAUCGUCCUCCACGCGCCUCCAGACAAGCCUGUGGAACGGAUUGAUGAGAUCCUGGCGUAUGCCGUGAAGCCAGGAUUCCUCUUCUACUGCUUGGCGGUUGCAAUUUUCUCCACCGUGAUGAUCUAUCGAGUCGCUCCGGUGUACGGAAAAAAGAAUCCUCUAAUCUUCAUCUCGAUUUGCUCGACUGUCGGCUCCAUCUCCGUGAUGUCUGUCAAGGCCUUCGGUAUCGCAGUGAAACUGACAAUCGGAGGCAACAACCAAUUCGUCCACGCAUCCACAUACGUUUUCGCCAUUGUUACCGCUUUCUGCAUUCUCACCCAGAUGAAUUACAUCAACAAGGCAUUGAACGCCUUCUCGACCUCGAUUGUUAACCCCCUCUACUACGUGACGUUCACGACAGCUACGCUCUGCGCGUCUUUCAUUCUCUUCCAAGGAUUCAAUACCACCGAUGCAGUCAACACAAUCUCCUUGCUAUGUGGGUUCCUCAUCAUCUUCACGGGAGUGUAUCUUCUCAACCUUUCUCGGCAUGACCCCGAUGGCCGGCAUCUCGUCAAUUCCAAGUUCGACGACGAAGGCGUCCCCACCGACGCGAUUUCCAGCUUCCAGACCCGGCGGUCCAUGCAAUCUCGCCGAAGCUCGUCGAGCAUUGCCUUUAUGAACGGCCACGGCGAUCGGGAGGGUCUCAUCCACUCCUAUGAUGUCGAGAACAACCAUGGGAUCGGCAUGGACGACCUAGCAGAGAGCGACGGGGAGCCAGGCCCUACCUACGCGCGAAAUGACGGGCGCGAACGGACUGUGAUGCACACGAAGAAGAACACCCAGGUCUAG